CGGAACUUACCGUGCCGGCGCCCGUCCCAAAGUUAGAUAAAAGACAGUGAUAAAAGAUCACAGAAUUUCACCUGGAUAAGGAUACAACUAGACUCUUCUUUGAGUUCUUUCAAGGAGGGUAAAAUCGUAGCGUGAUUCUUCUAAUACUCAAUAGCAAUGGCAAGUUUGGCUUUAGAAGAAGAGUACAGGGAAGCGUUUCAGUUGUUUGACACAGUUGGGGAUGGAAAAAUUGAAUGUAGUGAGUCAGGAGAUGUAAUCAGGUCGCUAGAUUUCAAUCCUAGUAGCGAUGAUAUAAAGAAAGUGGUUGUUGAUGUUGAUCCAAAAGGAAUAAAGAGAAUAACAUUUGAGGAAUUUUUGCCAAUUUUACAUGCUGUUGCCCAGAAAUGUCCUAAGAAGCCAAAACCAGAGGAAUUUUUUGAAGGAUUGAAAGUUUUUGAUAAAGAUGGUUAUGGUAUUGUCUUGUCUGGUGAACUACGUCAUGUUCUAACAUCUCUGGGUGACAAACUCAGUGAUGAGGAAUGUGAUGUCCUAUUCAAGGAAGUUGAGGAUAAAAAAGGAAGAAUUAAUAUUGAAGAAUUUGUCAGAAUGGUCUUAUCUGGCUAAGUAUGCAUUAUGGACACUGACAAUUUUACCAACUCAUUUGAGAAAGUACAUGUAAAUGCGUGCAUAUAUCUUUUUGUAAUUCCAUAGUAAAUAUUCUCAAUAAAACGUUUAGUACGGUA